CUUUGGUAAAGUUUGGCCAGCCACAACCUGGAAGGUCCGUCCUUCCGCCUUUCUGUCUUUCUGUCUUUCUUCAUCUUUCUUCACCGUCACCUGUUCGUCCACUUCACCUUGCAUUUGCAUUUGCAUCCCCCACCUCGCAUUCACUCUAAACCAACCGUUGCGUCUUUUCCCGGGUUGCCGCCGUCCUCCUCGUUGCUGCGGACAACCGCCGCCUGCAGCGACAUCAACAACAUCACUCGGGUAACACGACAUAACACGACACAUCACACGUCAACAGCCCAGUCCACGACCACGACCGCGACUUCCAAUGCCCCAACCAAAAUCAGAUGACCACGACUUCGAGAUUCACGUCGACCCUUCAUGCCUAAGUGCUCCCAUUGACGACGAAACUACCGCUGCUACGAACAUGUCCGAGAACGAAGACCCCAAUAAUCAAGCUACAUCGGGGUUCGAGAAGACGACAGUCGACGUCGGUGGAGAUGAAACAAUGAAGGAGGACGAGAAAGAACAAAAUCCAGAACCAGAUACCCAGACGGAUGACACCUCGAGACCGUCAUCCUCUUCUCGUCGUGUCGUCUCCGGCCGUACCGACGCUCUCAUCCAAGCUGCCGCCCGGGCCGUGGUCGACCAGAUCGAGCGCCAACGCGAUACGGAUUACAACAGCUGCAGUCAAAGCGGUGACGGCGACUCCAUUGUUUCCUCCGCCAUCGGCGUGGGUACCGAGCUCAGCUAUACCACCGGCGGCGCUGCUAGCGACCCGAACCCCGACCGUCGAGAUCGGGACUCGUAUGCCUCGCAGUCCCAGGACGGCAGCGUACGUGUCAACCGCAGCAGGCCACGCUCCGUCAUCUCUUCGGCCGCCAGUGCUGCAGCUCACGAGGAAGACCGCGGCGGAGACAGCUCAUCUCAUCACGAAGCCGAGUCGGACGUCUUCAGCGAGCGCAGCAACCCCAGUGUUCGCAGCUCCCUCGGCUCAUUCGACGGGAGGACGAGCCUCAAGGAUGCCGGAGAUGACCUUCAUGAUAUUAGCACAAGGAGUGAUGCUUAUUCCAGUCAUCACCGCGACCGCCAUGACACCAUGACCCAGCGGACUAGGACUAGGUCGCCUCGAAUCUCCGACAUCUCCCAGUACGAGGACCAUGAAGAGGAGCCUUUCGUCCCCACCAUCCGCGGCCGUCCUCGCGUCCCCUUCCGCACCCCGUCCGACGUCCGUGCCAUCCAGCUGUCUUCCCCCGCCCCAUCCAUCUUCUCCGGCUCGCCUCGUUCCAACAAACGCUCCCACCUCCCCCCCGCUGGCUCCCGCCUCGGCAGCCCCUCCGCCUCGGCCCAGUACUCCCCCAAAGGCCGCACCACGCCGUCCCGUCUCAAGCCUCGCAAGGUUACACCGCCUCUCGUCCUACUCCACGCCACCCUUCUCCCCCUUCGCUGGCCCUGGGCCUCCGUUCUCGAGACCGCGCCGUCCGACGCUCUCUCCCCCGCCGCCAAGGCCCUGCGGGACAAUUGGCGUCGCCUGCAUGACCGUCUGGGCGACACCGUCUGCGAGCGCGGCAUUCUCCUGCCCCAUCCCCAAGCCGACUACGAGGUCCUGGAAGAGCGCUUGCUCGACGCCCUCGACCUGCCCUUGCGACGUCGUGCCCGCAUCCUGGAAUGCGGCCAUUACCUCGGCCCGGCCAACGAGCACAUCCUGACCGAGGACUGGGACAGCGAUGACGACGCAGAUGGGGGCGGCGACGGUCGGUCGACGCGGCAGAGCACUUCUUCCUCUUCUUUCCGACAUGGCCGCCAUUCCGGCGCUGCCCAGACCCACUGGUGCACCACCUGCCACCACGAUAUCCGCUACGAAUCCCUGGGGCCCGGCAAGCUGUUCCACGUCAAGGUCUACGCGAGCAACGGCCUCAUGCGUGCAGGCGCCUGGUCCGCCUGCUGGAAGGAGAUGGAGCGCGUCGACGUCGAGCUCGAGCCCAUCGUCGAGCCUGACCUGCUGGACGAGCUGCAACGGUUGGCCCUCGACCAGCAGCGGGAGGCCGAAGAAGGCGCCCAGGCCCUGACGAGGACCGGUUUCGACUCUGACAUGGUUGAGGCUGAUGCUGAAGGUGAACCUGCUGCUGUUGCUGCUGCUGGUGGUGCUACUGCUGCUGCUGCUGCUGUUGAGUCGACGCCUUCCAUGGAGACGACUUCACUACAGCGGACAACGCACCGCCAUCAGAGAGAGCCAUCCUAUGGCGAAUACCUUCCAGCCUCCUCUCCUCCCCUUCCGAUAGAGGAUACGUCCGUUUCCCCGCCGUAUUCCACCAUGUCGCGCCACGACCAGAUGGAAGAGCGCCGUCGCCGAGAGGAAGCCCGCCUCCGCGAAAUAUACGGCGAGAGUCCUCCCCCCACCGCAACCCGCGCCGUCACGCAAGCCGCCGCGCCUCCGCCACCCGAAUCACAUCGCAUCGAACCCGAAGCCCCGCCCCCACAAGACCUGCCCCCUUCCUCCUCGUCAUACAUGCCGUCGUCUCCAUCGGAAGAAGCCCGCGCACGCCGGGAGACCCGCCGAAGCGACGGCGUCCCUCACGCUCACGAUCACGCUCACGAUCACGCUACGUCGACCGAUUCGACGCCGCCGCCGAGACACCCACAACACGCAGCGGCUUCAUCCCAUCUGCAGUCGGCUUCGCUCCCGGAACUUCUCCUCGAAGCCGUCCGCGUCCUCCUGCAGGAUCGCAAGAACGUCGCCCUGUUGCUGAUGGGUCUUCUGGUUCUCUUCCUUGCCAUCCGUCCGCCCACGGUCGAGCCGCGGAUGAGGGAAUGGGAUGGGGUCUUUGCCGAGCCUCGCCGGGCCCCUGUUGCCGCUUUUGUAAGGGACGAAGGCGUCGAUGCAGAGAUUGAGUUUGAGAGGCGUCAUGCGCCGGUGGAAAAGUCGGUCGCGGUAUCGAUUUCCGCGUCUACUUCGGCGUCUGCAUCGACUCUGGUGGUGUCACAUGCGGAACAAGAUCCUCCCCCUCAAUCUCCUGCUUCCUCUUCGAGUACAUCCAGCGUCGCUAGCAUCUCUGCUAGCGCUGACCCUCGCGAGACGCAGGAGUCGCAUGACGAGCCUCUUGUAAAGGCCGAGGAGGAAGCGAUAAAUUCGCAGCCGGAAAAUAAGCGACAGGAGGAGCCACAGUAUGACCCGCCUCAACAGGCCGCACAAGAGUCUCAGGCCCAGCAACAGGAACAGCAACGACAAGUACAACAGCAGCAGUCAUCGUCCCAGCAAGAGCCAGACCGCCCUCCCGUCGUUCAUGAAACCAUUACGACUCGCGAGGUCGUCCGCAUAAUCGAGACGGUCACCCACACGGAAACCGUCAAGGCUUUCGUCACCGAGUCGGCUGAGAAGCAGGUUGUUGAUAUCCCAACUGCCCCUUCCGACUCUUCUUCUGCGUCGUCCUCGUCGUCGUCCUCCCCCGUCUCGUCCGAGUCAGAUCCCAUUCGGUCCCCGCCUUGCGAAGACGUGCCCUCCUCGCCCGAACCAGAAUCUCAGUCGGGUUCAAUCCCUCUCUCUGAAGAGAUCUCCGAAGUCGAGGUCGAGGUCGAGGUCGAUGAAGAAGCCCCGGCCAAGGAGCCUCGUAUGGUCCCGGAGGCCGAUCCUAUUCUGGAUGAAUCUUCCUUGGAUGGGGAGGAGAAGCAGCAGGAGCAAGUUGUGGAAGAACAGACUGAUAUUGAGCGGGAGCUAUGAUUUUUUAUUUUUUUAUUUCUUUUGUUCUUUUUGUCCCUUGAUCUUCAUCUCACUCCUCUGCUGAAGUAUCACCAACUAUGAAGAUGAAUACACGAUUUGGAUAGGGAUAUGAUCUAUGAUUGACAGGCUCAAUUACCAUCAUGUCUAGCAACAAAACUCCAUUGUUACCCAGGGCCUUUAGCGAAGGAGAUGAUGUAGGAAGGACUCGGACACUCUUGUCACCCUGGCACUGGCCUGGAUGGCCAAGGAUGCAAAUGGAUAUAUAACACAUACAACACAGGAUUUGGUAGAUAGAUUGUCCAUUGCCUUAGGUAGUUAUUAAUGACCAAACGGAUAUGAU